UUCCCCCCAAAUAAGUGGCGUCACUUCCGGGCGGACAACUGGCGGGACUUCUCAGCGGUGUGGUAGCGGAGCAGGUUGUUGACAGGCGGAGAAACUUGUCUUAAACUUUUAAAAAGAUGAUGGCUACUAGCGGAAAAGACUGUGGAGUAAAAGAUGGCGCCUCGGUUUGUUGCAAUGGCUCAGCUGCGACGAACGGAGCCGCCCCGGAGGCAUCGCCGAGCCCCAAGCCGCUGAACGGAGCCACGGUUCGGCCGGACGGCUUCACCUUCACCCCGCAGCCCACCAUCGAGGACAUUCGGCGGAUGCAGGCGGAGUUCACGGACGAGCGGGACUGGAACCAGUUCCACCAGCCCCGCAACCUGCUGCUGGCCAUGGUCGGGGAGGUGGGCGAGGUGUCCGAGCUGUUCCAGUGGCGCGGGGAGGUGGCGGAGGGUCUGCCCGGAUGGAGCGAGCCGGAGCGGGAGCAUCUGGCGCAGGAGCUCAGCGACGUGCUCAUCUACCUGGUGGAGCUCGCCGAGAAGUGUCGCGUCGACCUGCCCCAGGCGGUGCUGCGGAAGAUGGCCCUGAACCGGCUCAAGUACCCGGCCAGCAAGGUGCACGGCUCGGCCAAGAAGUACACCGAAUACAAGGACUGAUGUUCGGUGUGCAGAGACAAUCGGAGGCGACUACUGGAGCUGCUGCUGGACCUUUCAUCGUUUGGUUCAAAUGGCUUUUGUUCUUGUUCGACUUGUUACACCACUGUAUGAAAGCUCCUCUGUGACUUGACCUCCUCGUGCAAAAGGCACGUGCAGAAUAUGCAGUUUUUUUUAAAAUUUAGUUUAAAGGUUCAGUGUGUAGAAUUUAGUGGUGACAUCUAGUGGUGAAGUUGCAUGUUGCAGCUGAAUACCCCCUCACCUCACCUUGCUCUUCCAAACAUGGCAGCCUCCCUAGAGAGGAACAUAUAAAGUAUUUAAAUAUAUAAGACCCAUUCUAGGGUAAAUAAAUCAAUUUGUAAAAUAUUAGAUGAUUACAAAACUAGUGAAAACCUCAGUGGGAUUAUUUUAUAUUAAAUUUCUGCCAUCAAAGCCCUUUCAGCUAAAUCUUACACACUGAACCUUCAACUUUGAAAUCAUGUUUUAGUCUGAUCGUUUGAGUCAAUUUGAAGCAUUGCAUACUUUUUAGAGAAAACGUUUUAUUCACCUUGGCUCCUUGGGACUGUGACAGAGGAUUAUGAAGUUAGUGGACCUGAAAAAAAGUUGUAAAAAGAAUGAAAAUGUUAUAUAUUUUCUUUUCUUUGUUAUUGGUGAUUUAUUUCAGGUUCCCAUCAGAGUUGGAUCUUCUCAUCUCCUGUCUAACUUAUGCAAUUUUUCUUGUUGCAGUAAAAGUUGCUUCAAUCCA